AUCAACUUCAGGUUUUACUUUCACUUCCUAAAAACGUUGAAGACUGAGGCUACUGUUGCAGUUACUGCUGUAGUGGAAUACAGUGUUUUAACAUCAGCCUGUGGAUAAAGUGUGUUAUUGCUCACUAUGGCGAGUGCCAGCAAUGUGAACUAUUCUCUGGCUGCAGAAAGUGGAAGCAACAUCAUUUCAAUGUUUGUCCAGGGGGAGGUAAAUGGGGAUGUUAACAUGCCUGUGAAUAUAAAACUUUCAGAUGAUCAACUUCGAGAAUUCACUCAAGGUUUAGGAAAACACAGUGACAUGUUGCUUACCACUUUGAUCGAAAGUCAAGGUGAUCUGCAGUCAAAGAUGGAACAGACUCAACGUCAACUUGAAGAAAUGUCACAAUAUUUACAAAGCAAUCAGAUUUUAGCAUCACUAAUUAAGGAAUACACUCAGAAAAAUAAAGGACUUGUAAAAGAGUUUACCAAUCAACUUGAUGAAGGAGAAGGUGAAGACUCUGAACAAUUAGAACAAUUCAUUAGAAAGACAGUUGAAGAAACAAGACCAGGAAACGCACCAUCAAGAGAGGUGCUCAUCCACAGUUUCUGGGCUGUCAUGGCAGUAGCUGUCGCACUAUCCGCCUAUUUUUAUGGCAAGCUGAGAAAAUUAUCCACAGGAAAAGUGCAAUUAAAAUAUGUAGAUGAAGCUCAAAAAUAUGUCCAAGAAAAAGAUGAAGAUGAAGAUGAAGAUUAUGCCCUAGGAGAAAUCUAUUCCUGUCAAAGCCAGCAGUCGGUGGCAUACCAUAAAUGAGAUACAGGAAAGAUGAGACAUGAACCAAGGAGACACAAACCAACUUUUGCAAGGCGUGCAUUAAGCUCUCCAGAAUCGCUAUUAAAAUGUUUGUUCUUAUGUUUUGAAGACAGUUAUUUACGAAUUAUGAUUUUCAAGCAAUUUAUAACUCGCAUUAAAUCAACUUAAUAAUCUAAAUGUAUCAUUAGGCAAGAAUAAGAUGUGACAGAUCCGUAGAAAAUGGCCUUCCAAGGUUGUGGUUCUAUUUUUGAUGAAUGUAAUUGGUAGUCAUUAUUUCUGCAUGCUUUGAAAAUGAGACAAUUAUCUAUCAUUAUGCCACCAGUGCUUCUAGAUGAUAAUCUAUACAGGGAUGCCAAUAUAUCUAAUAAGCAGUUGGUCUCAGUGAGAUAAAAUGGGAAACUAAUUAAACUUUAAUAUAAUUGAUAAACUGCAGAAAAAACAAAUUAUUGUAAUAAAUAGCUACAAAGUUUUGGCUUCCACCCUCUUCAGACAGCAUGGCAGACAUGAUGUUUAAGUUUGAAAGUGGCACAGUGAUUUACAGAUUAAUGUUCUAAGAACACUGUGACAAUAGACAGUUCUGAGGUGGAAUUCCAAUCUUGAAAUGUAUCAUCUUCCAGGUUCAGUCCAUAGGGAAAUAGUCUUGAGUCUGAAUCCAGAAGUUUUAACAUAUGGUCAUCUUUGAAAAUGUAUGGAAAUGACUAAAUUAAUAAAAGUUACAAGACCUUUAAA